AAUCCCGAGCGUGACGCCCUGGAAGAAGCGACGUGUGCCAGCAGGGGGCGCUCUAUGCAGCGUGCGCCCGCCGAGCGGACUGACUCUCUGUGCGAGACGAUAGGUGCUGCCACCCAGCGGCCGUCCGCGCCGCGCUAUAGCGACGUCGCAACGAACUUGCUGCACGCGGGGCAGGCGGCACCAGGUGGCGCCGGCAGAGCGUCGUCUGCCGCUGGUGAGUGUCCGGCGUCCACCGACCAUCGGUCAGAUGCUGCGGUCGAAAGCUGUCAGCAACUAUCCAGCGAUGUCAACAACCAUGGUGUCAACUCCAACGCAGACACACAAGUGCGGUUAGCCACCGCUGCUAGCGAAUUAGUUAGCAUAGGUAGCACAUGUGCUAACACAGGCACGGAUAUGCAGUUAGCUACCACUGCUAGCGAAUCAACUAGCAGAGGUAGCACAUAUGCCAAUGCUAACACGAAAGUGCAGGUAGCUACAACUGCUAACGAAUUAGCUAGCAGAGGCAGCACACGUGCCGAUGCAAGCACGAAAGUGCAGGUAGCUACAACUGCUAACGAAUUAGCUAGCAGAGGCAGCACAUGUACCGAUGCAGGCAUGCAAAUGCGGGUGGGUAUCACUGCUAGCGAAUUAGCUAGCAGUGGUGAUACUGGCAUCACCACAGGCGAGCGCGAUGUGCGGGUGGAUAGCGUUGGUAGCGAAUCAGCUACUACAGCCGAUGUACGGGUAGCUAGCAUUAUUGAUGAAUCAGCUAACAGAGGUAGCACUACUGCUGAGGCUAGGUAGCUAACAUCGGUAGCAAUUCAGCUAGGCAUGCUAGCGAUUUCGCGGGGGUGUUACUACGAUUAUUAAUAGUGGUAAUGCUUAGGCUAGUACUGUGACUAGCAGUGACGGGGCUGGCAGUACGGCUGGUGGCAGACGUGAUGUUGGAUAUAACAAUUCUUGGUGAGAAGUUUCGCUAGCGGUGGCGGUAAUCUGUUUAGCAACGUGGGCUUAGACUUGCGGCAAUCACGGGAGCGGUUAAUCCCGUCGCGUCAUGAGACAGUGUGUAAAUUCUUAUCACGUUGCAGAUAAUCUGAAUCAUGAUGUUUUCCGCUGCGGCGCUGAUUCGCUGGCAUUCAGCAGCAGCGGUUACGUUCACGUACUAGUCUAUGUAUGAGAUAAACGCUCGCUGCGAGAUAAGAGCGCUGUGAAAUAUCUCGCCGAUGUACGUCACUCCACCGCCAGCCAAUCAAAACGCGCUAUUCGGACAGCGCGUCUGUCUGUAAAUCCGUGACGCGCCAUUUAAUGCAAUAAUCACGUUUCGCGCGCGAAAUGUUCGAGACAAAGAUCUCGUCAUGUGGCACAGGUGUGUUUUAACACAUCUCGAUGGAAGUUAGCAUCUCAUAAUCGCUCGGCUCCUGUGAGAGUGAAAUAUGCCAUCACUCACACGUUAAACGUAUUCCUAUCAGAGGACACUCAAGGUCGAAAGCUCGUGUUCGAGCCAGGGAUGAGACGCAUUGGUUCCUGUUCUACACGCCGCCAUGUCGAACACGCGUGUGACCCACCGUUAACCGCGCUGUCACAAACGCGGUAUGGUGUCAGCUGUGAUCGUCACAGCAGACGUACUAGUGUCGCCCCGUUAGUGGUGACGUCACUCAUUCCGCUGACACUUAUUCCGGCGUGUCCUAGGUCGUAGCCGGAGAAUUCGGGCGGGAGCAAAAAUUUUGUCACCUAAUUUAGUAAUGCCAUUUAGGAUUGGUUCUCUAAAGGUUUGGAGAAACAAAUUACACGUAGGAUGAGAUGGUGAGCUUUGGGGGUGGUGUUGGCUGCGGGGUUGGGGUGGGGGGGGUGAUAAUUCUGUUCUAGUAUCUGUUACAUUUAUUUUGCGGUUAUCUGCAGUUAUUAUGAUGAUUAUUGUGUGUUUUUUUUUCAGCAUAUGAGGGGCAGUUGCCCCUUCCCCUUACCCCUUCCCCUCACACGCUACCGCUCUGCCUGCUUCACCAUCAUACACGUGUGAUUUCCGUGUAAUUCCACUGGUAUUCCCCCGAUGUGGGAUUCGUCUGCUAUUCUCAUGAUGAAUCUGGCCUUCCCCUGUGUCAUUCGGCAGGCAUUCAGUAUUCUCAUGUCGUUCACCUAGUGUUCAGACGGCAUUCGUGUGAUGUCACGCAGCGUCUGUCGUUGACUCGCCCGCUGUCAGCUACCCGCAAGCUACCAGGUAUACUACUCGCAGUUUACCUGUGAUUUACCAUGUAAUUUAGCAAUGAUUUGCAUCAUUAGCUGGCGGCAUCUCUCUGUCAUUACACCUGUAAUCACCGCGCAGCAUUCAGUAUUAACCUGCAGUGUCCUGUCUCUGGGGAUCGUCUGUGCGUGCGUGUGUGCGUGUGUGCGUGCGUGCGUGCGUGCGUGCGUGCGUGCGGCUUUCUCGAGCUACGGUGGAUUUUAAUAUUAGUAAUAUAUAUACUAUAGAUAAUUACAAUUUCUGUAAAUUUGUUUGUCAAGGGAAACUGUAUAGAACGUUUACUGUGCCGAUAAUGUUAUAAUAAAAUAAU